CGCGGGACCCGCGGCCAUGGCGGGGCUGGAGUUGCUGUCGGACCAGGGCUACCGGGUGGACGGGCGGCGCGCCGGAGAACUGCGCAAGAUCCAGGCGCGCAUGGGGGUGUUCGCGCAGGCCGACGGCUCGGCCUACAUCGAGCAGGGCAACACCAAGGCGUUGGCGGUGGUGUACGGGCCGCACGAGAUCCGGGGCUCCCGCUCCCGCGCCCUGCCGGACCGGGCCCUGGUGAACUGCCAGUACAGCUCGGCCACGUUCAGCACCGGCGAGCGCAAGCGGCGGCCGCACGGGGACCGCAAGUCCUGUGAGCUGGGCCUGCAGCUCCGCCAGACCUUCGAGGCCGCCAUCCUCACGCAGCUGCACCCGCGCUCGCAGAUCGACAUCUAUGUGCAGGUGCUGCAGGCCGACGGAGGGACCUACGCAGCGUGCGUGAACGCGGCCACCCUGGCCGUGAUGGACGCGGGGAUACCUAUGCGGGACUUUGUGUGCGCGUGCUCGGCGGGCUUCGUGGACGGCACGGCGCUGGCCGACCUGAGCCACCUGGAGGAGGCGUCCGGGGGCCCGCAGCUGGCCCUGGCCCUGCUGCCCGCCUCGGGCCAGAUCGCCCUGCUGGAGAUGGACGCGCGGCUGCACGAGGACCACCUGCCGCGCGUGCUGGAGGCCGCGGCCCGCGCGGCCCGGGACGUGCACGCCCUGCUGGACCGGGUGGUGCGGCAGCACGUGCGGGAGGCGGCGCUGCUGGGGGACUGAGCAAUAAAGGCCUGCGCGCA